GGGUGCGGGCACGAAAGGGUGCAGCGCAGUAUACAUAGCUCUACAUACACACAGAACGCCGAGCGAGAAAAGGAGGGGGCGAGGAAAGGCAGGUUCCGCCUCCCCUGGCCCGCGUGCACACACACGCCCACCGCGGCUCAGGCUGGCGGAGCGCGGGCGAGUGUGAGCGCGGGCGAGUGUGAGCGCGAGUGUGCGCACGCCGCGGGAGCCACUCUGCCCUCACCUCGCACCCUGCUCAGGGCAUCUUGAGAGCCUGGAACCGUGAACAGGCUUAAAGUAUGGCAUGUUGCAAAGAUGGUUUCUGCCAAGAAGGUACCCGCGAUCGCGCUGUGCCUCGGGGUCAGUUUCGCCCUCCUGCGCUCCCUGUGCCUGGCUGCCUGUUUAAACGAAUCCCCGGGACAGAACGAAAAGGAGGAGAAAUUGUGCCCGGAAAAUUUUACCCGCAUCCUGGACAGUUUGCUCGAUGGUUAUGACAACAGGCUGCGUCCUGGAUUUGGGGGUCCUGUCACAGAAGUGAAAACUGACAUAUAUGUCACCAGCUUUGGACCUGUUUCUGAUGUUGAAAUGGAAUAUACAAUGGAUGUGUUCUUCAGACAGACAUGGAUUGACAAAAGACUAAAAUAUGAUGGCCCUAUUGAAAUUUUGAGACUGAAUAAUAUGAUGGUAACAAAAGUAUGGACCCCUGAUACUUUCUUCAGAAAUGGAAAGAAAUCUGUUUCACAUAAUAUGACAGCUCCAAAUAAACUUUUUAGAAUUAUGAGAAAUGGUACUAUUUUAUACACAAUGAGACUCACUAUAAGUGCGGAGUGUCCCAUGAGAUUGGUGGAUUUUCCCAUGGAUGGUCAUGCGUGCCCUUUGAAAUUUGGGAGUUAUGCAUAUCCAAAGAGUGAGAUGAUUUAUACCUGGACAAAGGGUCCUGAGAAAUCAGUGGAGGUGCCAAAGGAGUCUUCCAGCUUAGUUCAGUAUGAUCUGAUUGGGCAAACAGUGUCAAGUGAGACUAUCAAGUCCAUUACAGGUGAAUACAUUGUUAUGACAGUUCACUUUCAUCUCAGACGGAAGAUGGGCUAUUUUAUGAUUCAGACAUAUAUCCCCUGCAUUAUGACGGUGAUUCUUUCUCAAGUUUCAUUCUGGAUAAAUAAGGAAUCAGUUCCAGCUAGGACUGUAUUUGGAAUAACCACAGUCCUCACUAUGACCACACUAAGCAUCAGUGCAAGGCAUUCUCUGCCCAAAGUGUCCUAUGCUACCGCCAUGGAUUGGUUCAUAGCUGUUUGCUUUGCUUUUGUAUUUUCGGCCCUUAUUGAGUUUGCUGCUGUGAACUAUUUCACCAAUAUUCAAAUGCAAAAAGCCAAAAAGAAGACAUCAAAAUCUGUUCCGGAAAUUCCAGCUCCUCCAGUGCCAAGUGAGAAGCAGCCUGAAGCUCCACUUCAGAAUACAAAUACCAAUCUGAACAUGAGAAAAAGAACAAAUGCUUUGGUUCACUCGGAAUCUGACGUUGGCAGUAAAACCGAAAUGGGAAAUCAUUUGAAUAAAUCUGCCACUGGUGUUCAAGAAUCUUCUGAGGUCACACCGAAGUCCUAUUUAGCUUCCAGUCCAAACCCUUUCAGUCGAGCCAAUGCAGCUGAGACGAUAUCUGCUGCGAGAGGACUGCAGUCUCUUCCUUCUUCAACUCCCAGCCGAACUGGGUUUGUGUCAAGACAAGUUGCAGCUGAAUCGACUGCUUCUCGUCGUGUUUUUGGGUCAAGACUGGCGCGUGUUAAGACCACAGUUAAUACCACAGGGGCUCCUGGGAAGCUGUCAGCUGCCACUCCUCCCCCUGCUCCACCGCCUUCUGGGUCUGGUACAAGUAAAAUAGACCAAUACGCACGUAUUCUCUUUCCAGUCACAUUUGGGGCAUUUAACAUGGUCUAUUGGGUUGUUUAUUUAUCUAAGGACACUAUGGAGAAAUCAGAAAGUCUAAUGUAAUUUUGUUGCUAUAAUAGUUUCCUAAAAGCUGAUGAAAAUGCAGACUGUCUUUUUAAAUGUUUUUAAAGAUGAUUAUUCUUAGAUACUAAAAUAAAAAUUCUACGUAAUUUUUCCAUUUAAAAAAUGCAAGCCAGUUAUUGCGAGAGUUAAUUAAUUCCUCAGUGAAGAGAAUGUGAACCAUCUUUCUUUUCAGAAUGAUGAUUUAAAAAGGAUCUAUUCAGUGUUCAAAUUAGAUGGAAUACAGACUAUCCUGGAACAAGAGAAAUAGGGCUAUUAGAGAUAUGUGAUGCAUAUUUUUGCAUUGAAAUUUGAAAACAGACAACAGCAUUUUUAAUUCCCUAUGAAUAUCAGCCAGCUACCAUAAAUUUCCCAGUGGCACUCCCCUUAACCAGAAUUGUUUAUUAUUUAUAACAUGUACUGACCUUUGGUGAUUGUCUGAGUGCCUGCAAGGAAAGAAUUUUCUUGUUAAAAUAUCAGUGAAAGGACAAUGGAACAAACCUAAUCCUGACUGAUACAGUGGAACCUAUGCUGCAUCCUAAACAAAGACAUAGACCAGGGAAAUGUGUCCUUUCAUAUAUUGGUCCAAGCAGUAUUUUACGGUUGACUUGAAAUCUUGUGCUCCAAGCCAAAGUUAACUCAUUGUAUGAAUUCUUUGUCAUAGGAACUCCUUCAUUUAUGUACUGUUUUCAUUCAUCACGUAUUUAUUCAGAGACUGAAGCCCACUAUUUUCAGGCACUGUGGUAGACAGUCUCUUACGGAAGUUCUUUCACAUUUAUCUACAGUAUCACUUAAAUAUUAGAACAGCCAAUGCAUGCUGACCAACCAUAAUUUAGCAGAGGACAUUGCAUUCUUCAAUGAAGGGAAUUUAGUUAGAGUCUGACAACAUAUCCAAAAUAGAGGAUACCAAGUAUAUUUGUUCACAUAGCCACAAUGAUGUUAGUAAAUGUUAGUACAGUUUCAGCAAUUGGUUUCCAAAAUACAAUGAAAAGGUGGUACAGAGUGUUCCAUAAGUGUAAAACACUAUGUACCUGAAAAGAAAAAUCUGGACACUGUAAGACCUAAUAGGUUACCUGUCUCCAAUGUGAUAAGGAUCACAUAAUAGAAUUUGAUGACCAUCAUAGAAUCAUCCAGAAAUAAUAACUCUACACAGACAUUUUAGAUGCUUUCCCCAGCGUAAGUCUGUAAGAGUCCGUGAAAUGCUAGCCAUACUAGAAUGUUUUGUGUCCACAGUUUCACAUUUUUUGGUAGAUGUUUAUUUGUUUUCUGAAAAUUGCAGUAAAGUUUUAUAACAAUUGGGAGUAUGUCCAAAUUAAAGGAGGGAAGGAAAAUGUCAUUUCCACAGAAUGGAAUGCUACUAACUCUGUGUGCUGUUUUUCAGGAUAUCCACAUGUUGACUUCUAUGUUUCAUUCUAUAGGCUUAAAUGUAUAAUUGAAUUUCUUGCAGCUGUUUUACACAGUUUAAUCCAGGUCCAAUCUCCAGAUUUUCUCAUUCUACUUGUUUCUUCAUGCUCUAGGAAUAUGCGCGCGCGCGCGCGUGUGUGUGUGUGUGUGUGUGUGUGUGUGUGUGUGUGUGUUUGAAUGUGCUCUGAAUGUUUAGAGGAAUGUUCUGAAAAAAAUGGCCACUUUGCAGACAGGAUUUCUUAUUCCUUAGAAAUUGUAUUAAUAAAUUGGCAUCAACUUUUCACUUAUUGCAUUGCCUUGUGACACUUGUAUAUGAGAUAUAAAAUGCACAAAUGCCAAAUAUCAAUUGUAAGUCAUAUCUAAGAGUUCCUUAUUUAUCUCUCUAGGUCUUGCAUAGAUUCAACACAUUUUAAGUCUGAAAGAUACUGUAGUACUCAUGUAGCCCAAAUCCCUCAUUUACAAGUUGAUUUUAGUACAAUAAAGCCCAAUAAAUUCUGUGUAUAUGUAUAUAUUUAAUAAAGAGCACUUGUACAAAAAA